ACAAGAGGUGAAGACGGUUACAUAAGCUCAAACAGGCAUGAACAGGACAGGAUGUGGGUCUCAGCUAGAGCUGCUGUUUUUUUUUUCUUUUCUUUUUUUUUCUUUUCUUUUCUAAUCUGACUGAGUGUAUGAACAUGAAUAUAUGGAGCCAUUAGAAGAUAGGUGAUCAUGGACUGUCGCCACAGGCCCCUAGAUUUGUUUUCUUGACAUAAUUUCUGUCAUUCCAGGCUGUUUAGUAACACGAUUCUACAAACAAUGAGGAGCUUCAGGACAGCUUUAAUUCUCUGCAGCCUCAGCUGGAUCACUGUCUCUGGCUCCGAAUUACAGACUGUGGACGUUCAGCCUGGUCAAGAAGUAACACUGCUGUGCUCCAACAUUUCCAAACAUCCAACGCACGCAGACUGGUUUAGACUGGCCUACGGAACUAAACCCCUCUGCAUCUCCUCUAUGUAUGGGUCUGGUGGUGAAGCUGAAUCCUGUGAUGGGUUUCAAAAUGAAAAAUUUGAAAUGAGCUCCAACGUCUCCACUGUUUUUCUUAAAAUCAAGCAAGUGGAUGUAUCUGACUCUGGACUGUAUUUCUGUGGAUUUUACAUAGACAGACACACAGUCAUUGCCACUGCAACACAUUUAAAUGUUUAUGAUGGUGUUGAAUUGGAUGAUAAACCCAUGACAGAGAAGGAUGGAAUAAGAAAAUGCAACCUAAUGACUGUGACCCUGGGCGGUCUGGUGGUUUUUUUCAUGAUGGCUGUCAUUGUUCUGGCAGUUAAAAACAGGAAACUUCAGACAGCUGCCGAGGAAAAAGUGUAUCCUGAAAGAAACAAGAACCUGCACUCUGCAGCGGUGAAGUUUCUUCCAAAGACAGUUAGAAACAGAAGACCUGCUUCAGAGAGACAAGAGGAGACUUGUGUGAUUUACACUGCCACCAAAUCAGAAAACAACUGGAACUGAGACUUCAUCAUAUUAAUCUAUUGAUGUGUUUAUGUGUGUAGGUGUAGAAAUUCAAAAAAUAAACUUUGAAGAAUGA